AUGAAUUUCAAGUCUCAAGAAGAUUGUAAUAUCAAAACUAAUGAAGAAGAUUCAAGUGUUUCACUUUCAAAUUUUGGAUUUCCUGACUCAACAUUACUCGAUUUUAAUAGGCCAAAUGAAGUAAAACAAUUUAUCAAAAUUAUUAAAACAAAAAUCCAAUCAUAUCAUUCACAAAAUAUCAUUUUUAAGAAUAGUUUGUUAAAUAUGGAAGCUUCUGAGCCACUUCUAGCAUUUUGCCUUGAUUAUCCUCAUUUAUUGGAUGAUAUGCUUUCGAUCAUUAAUUCAAUGAUAUAUUGCUCUCCUUCUGAUAUAAAACAAUUAAUACAAUUGAAAAUUUUAGCAUAUUUUAAUGAUAUCAUGGAGAAUCUUGCGUUUUAUCCAUUUUUUCUUAGAAUUAUUAAAGUUGCGGUAAAGUUAUUAUUAGUUGACACAAUAUCUGAAUAUCCUGAUGAUUUAUGCAAUCUUUCAGGGAAAAUAUUCCAAAUAAUGAUAAAUCCAGACAGUAUUCAACGCUUAGACUUCAAUCUUGUAUCUGAAGAAUUUGAUGCAAAUUAUCGCUGUAAAAUGCAACAAUCAGCUUUCAAAUUCAUAACAAAAUUUAUUACUUUCCCCGUUGAAAAUUCCAUUAAUAUUGAAGAUUGUCUGGCGAUAUCUAGUGAUAUAAUUGUUAGUGAAGCAUCAACAACAAAGCAGAAAAUUUUAGCAAUUAACUUAUUUUCAUCAAUCUUAAGUCACUAUCCAAUAGAAUUCAAUAAUUAUGAAGCAUUACUGAGUUUUAUUCCAAAAUAUAUUAUAAAUAUUAGUAAUGUAACAAAAGAAUCAAAGCCUUUUAUUGAAUCAUUAACUAAUUUUACGCACUUUCUUAUUUUAAGUAUAGAUUCUAACUUAAUUUUACAAUAUGGAUUCUUUGAUGCCAUUAUGAAGCUUUAUUUUGACAAGUUCGAUGUUCUUGAUGAUUUGAUAAAUUUAUUAUAUUAUGGAGACCCUGAAGAUUAUAUAUUGAUGUAUCUCCAAGAUUUUAUUCAUGUUCAACAUCAUCCUAAGUUUAACAUAAUAUUUUCAAUAUUAAUAAUUAAAUUGUAUGGAAAAGAGAACUUUGAUGACUACAUGAACCAAAUACUACCCAUAAUAGAUGAAAUUGUUGAUUGUAUUGAUGACUCUUCUGCAUUAGAUGCAGAAAUAAUAAUUCGAAGUUUCAAUAUAUUGAUCGACUACUUGAAAGCAAAGAGCCAGUUAGAUAUUCCGAUAGAAAAUGUUGAUAUUGAAUCUGCUAUUAAUAGUUUUGGUUACUUAAUAAAUAAUACCAAAGAUGAAUCAAUUGUUCCAUUGAUUGAGAACAUAUUAAAUACCCUUGACCAAGAGUCAUUACAUGAUUGA